CUCGCGCGCGCGGGAGGAGUAACGGAAAGUUCCGAGGGGUAACGGAAAGUUCCGAGGGAUUAGCGGAGGUAACCGAAGGGUACCGGAAGAUACCGAGAGGUGGCGGAAAGUCCCGAACGUUGUGAGGAGAACGGCGGCAGCGGCGGCGGAGAGGGAAAUGGUGGAAAAAGAGGAGGGGGAGGGGGGGCCCGGCGGCAUCAGCGAGGAGGAGGCGGCGCAGCUGCGGGCAUCCCGUGUGCUGCUGGUGGGGCUGCGUGGUCUCGGCGCAGAGGUGGCCAAGAAUCUCAUCCUGGCAGGAGUGCGGGCGCUUACCAUGCUGGACCACCACCAGGUGUCCCCUGAGGACACACGGGCUCAAUUCCUGGUCCCUGCUGGCUCUGUGGGGCGCAAUAGGGCCGAAGCGUCGCUGGAACGGGCGCAGAACCUCAACCCCAUGGUGGAUGUCAAGGCCGACCCCGAAAGCGUCGAGAGCAAACCUGAAUCUUUCUUCACCCAAUUCGAUGCUGUGUGCGUGACGUGCUGCUCGCGGGACGCCAUGCUGCGCAUCGACCGCAUCUGCCACCAAAACGGCGUCAAGUUCUUCGCCGGCGACGUUUUCGGCUACCAUGGCUACGCCUGCGCCGACCUGGGGGAGCACGACUUCGUCGAGUGGGUUUUUUUUUUGGGGGGGGUAAAACAGUGCCGUUUUGGGGCUAAAAAG